UGCAAUAACACAACAACAAUCACCUAAGGACGCACUGUUCAUGGAAGCGAAAGUGGCUGAAAGAAAAACAAACAUAAUGAUCGACACAGGCGCAGUAAAGAACGCCAUAUUAAAAAGCUUCUUAGACGAAAUUGGACUGGAGAUUGAUAGACCGCCAGACAGAACCCUAAUUGAAAUAAGUGGAAAAAUUACAACACCAUUAGGAGUCAUCUAUUAA